AUGAACUCAUUUCUGUGCAUGCAACAAAGCUUAGAACAAGCUCUAGUUACUUCCAUUUUUACUACUGCAUUGCAUAUUCAAAAUUCCAUAAUAUUGAGAAUUUCCAAUAUUUCAAAUUGUCUAACAUCGAGCGAUUUUAUGAAUCUUUUCACAAAAGCUCUUGGUCGAAUAUUAAUUUCGCGUACACAACUACCUGAAGCUGGUGUGGCUGUUGACGUCUUGGUUACAUAUUUGUUGAGAUUAUUUAAUGAAGAGCCAUUACUACUGAAUUCAUGUUUAGCAGUCCUCCCACCUAUGGAUUAUGAAAGUGCAGUGUUGGACUUAACAAAACCGUUUACGUUUCGAUUACUUAAUCGUCCAAUAGCUGUACAAGAAGAUGAUAGAGCUACAGCUGUAGCAGCACGUUUUAAUGAAGCGGAAUCUAUGUUGAAAAGUUUGUCUUCUUCCCAUCCUGAAACAAUGGCAAAGCAAUCAAAACAAUCUGACUCGUUGGUUAUAUCAUCAAAUUCGGCAUGCCCACCGUAUCAUUAUCCAGCUCAUUGUUCAAAUGAAGCAAUUGUAUUACAUUUUCUUAUUCGUUUACCACCAUAUACAUUUCGUCAUUUACGUUUUCAAGAUAAUAAUUUUGAUGUGCCAGAUCGUUUAUUCCAUUCAGUUGCAACUACAUGGCGUCUAGCUACUACAUCUGCUUCAUGCGUUAAAGAAUUAGUUCCAGAAUUCUAUUUUCAACCAGAAAUGUUUAUUAAUCGCAGUGGAUUAAAGUUGGGUUGUAGACAACCCGGUGAUAGUGUAGAUUGUGUAGAAUUACCUCCUUGGUGCAAAAAUGAUCCUCGGUUGUUUACUCUUAUUUGUCGAGCUGCAUUAGAAAGUGAUUAUGUGUCAGUGAAUUUAUCACAUUGGAUUGAUUUAUUAUUCGGUUUUAAGCAAAUCGGAAAAAAUGCUAAAGAUGCCUUGAAUCUGUAUCACCCAUAUACUUACUUCGGUGCAAUUGACGUGGAUACAAUAGCAGAUCCUCUUUUAGCUCAAGCUGUCGAAGCUAUGAUUAGUAACUAUGGCCAGACACCUAAACAAUUAUUUCACAAAUACCCUCAUCCUUGUCGUCAGUUAUCGAUUUAUGGUAGAGGUGUGUUGAACUUGUUGCCAAACUUUGAAACAUCGGCCACUCAAGAAAAGGAUGACAAUUGUUCAACAUUACAAUCAUGUAAUUCUAGUAAUGCUGGAAAAUUAAUACGAACAACUUCUCCUUCAAGAUUAGAUAAUACUCCAUUAGAAACUGUGAUUGGAUUAAAAUGGGGUACUUGGGCUGGUAGUCCACAAAUAGAAUAUUGUGGAAUAAUCUGGAAGAAGCAAUUGGUGAGCAUAAAGUCAUCAACGCCGUCCUCAGCAUCAACAACAACAGGGGAUUUAGUGAGUCAUUCAGAUAUUGAAAUCCCACUUAUGAGUUAUUUAACUGGUUCAGCUUGGUGUGAAUUCACUCAACAGAAAUCAGCUACAAGUCAUUGUGCAAACCAACUGGACAAGAUAACCUCGUUAACUAGUGAUGAACUUUAUCAUUCUUGGGAUGGUUGGGUAGAUUUCAAUAUGGAUUAUUACACCAAUAAUUAUCUGCCGACCUCCUCAUCAAUGUCUCCAUCGUCUUCUGUUUCAACUGAUAGAACUACAACACCCUAUGUUAAUGCUGAAAUUUCCUGGCAUUGGAAAAUUCUUUUGUGUGAAUCAAAUGCGCGUGUAUGGAUAUCAUUAUUAGCAGAUUUCAAUGAUAAUCAAUACCAACAAUCUCUUGUUCCAUAUAUGAUUAAAUUGAAACCAUCUUCUGUAGACAAUAAAAUGUUAACUAUUUUUAUGAAACGCUUAGACAGUAUGUCAGUUAAUAAUACUUCUGCCAGUGAUAAUGAUGAUCAUAAGGAUACUGGCAACCACGAAUCAUAUGAGUGCAUAAAUUUACAACUACCUUGUCCGUGCAUUCAGUUGAACGCGACAAAAACAUUUAUUACAUCAUUGGCUAUCUCGCCUAGCUCCAGUCUAGGCAUACAAUUAUUUGUUGGUACAUGUCUUGGAUCGAUUUACGUAAGACAAUUGCCAACAAAUUUAAUGGAUAUAUCACUAUAUAAUGGAUGGUUACCACAGGAUUAUCAAGAUAUUUCAGUAUGGGAUGAAACCAAACUUCAUAGACACAGACCAAUCAAAAACAUCAAAACAGGCACUAAAUGUUCAAAGUCGAAUAUUCGUCAAGAAGACGAGAAUACUACAGAUAAUGAAUUCAAUUUAAAAGAAGCCGGUCUAUGGGAAAUAACUGGAUGGAAACAAUUGACUGGUCAUGCUGGAAAUGAAAUUACUGUUCUAGUAAUUAAUCGAAAUAACAGUUUAAUUGCAAGUGGUGAUGAUCAAGGUCAUGUUUGUCUGUGGGAUAGAUAUCGUUUAUCGUUGAUUAAAGCAAUUGAUACAAGUGUUAGUAUUGAUAGUGGGACUGUCAGCACUGAGUAUUCGAAUGCUUCAGGACAAGUAUCUAAACAAUCGUCUUGCAAUCCUGUAUUAGAGAAGCCAGUUAAAACAAAUAAUGAAAAUGUUGAGGUGAAUGGCAGUGGUAACACAACAAGUAGAAGUAGUACUAGUCAUCACAGCUCUACUAGAAGUAGUAGUUGUAGUUCAACCGCGGAAUCUAUGAACAUUAAUAUAGAUCAAAUGCUAAACAGUUUUAAACGUGUUGAUGGAAUAUGCUUCAGCUUAACAUCUGGUGAAUUAGUUGUGGCUAAAUGGAAUCAGUAUAAUUAUCAUGUUUGUUGGCUUGGUGUAUAUGCCUGUUCUGGAGUUCGUAUAGCCACACGUAUUUUAGAUUUUAUGGCAGAGAUCAAUGAUCCGUUGGUGGAUUUUCCUUACUCACAAAUCUCCGAUAUUCAUCCACCUGUCCCAAUGGCUUUUUCAAGUGUUUCUGAGGGUCGAGGUGUGAACUGUUUAUUGCUGGGUGGUCCAGGUGGCCGUCUAGUGUGGUUGAAUUCGUGGACACUGGAUACAGUACGCACAUAUCUUCUUCCAGACAACAAUCAGAAUUCACGUAUAACAUCGCUUUGUUUUGGACCAUUGGCUAAUACUAAUAGUACUAACAGUAAUAACUACCAGUUAUCAUCUAAAGAUUUGGGUGAAAUUUUAUGCCAAGGUUUAUAUGUUGUCAAUCAGACAGGUUGUGUAUAUCAUUUUGGUCCUAAUAGUGCCUUGCACGAGACUUCAGAAAAUGCUGAUAGUGAUUCAUUGAAUUCAUAUGAACUGUAUAAACCGUACAUUGCAUUUUGGUUGGAUGAUUAAGUUGUUUGAGUCAGAAACAAGUGAUGGUCGUUCAUAAUACAGAAGCUGAUGUUUUAUUUAUGUACAUAUCUAUGGCUCAUUUGUAAGCACUUAAUGCUGACUGCUUUUUCUCUGAUUUCAUUCUGAAUCUUCCUUAUCAAAAUAAAUAAAUAGAAAUGUGCUCAACAGCCUCGAGCCAUACAUUUGC